GGGGUGAUGUGCAACUAAUUAAAGGCAGACUGGCAGCGUCUGCAAAUUCUAAGGCUCCCCAAAUAAAAAGAGACUGUUGUAACAGUUGGAGGAUAAUGCAAAGGAAGACGCUGCCUGGGAAUUCACCGUCUGUGGAAAUGCGCCCCAGAGAGGAAUAAAGCAGUCCUCACCUUGCUCUCCCCACCCGGACCCACUUUCCCCUCCCGCCUCGGCCCCCACCCCGGCACCACCAUCACCCCCUUCCCUCCCCCCCACCUUCCCCCCUUUCCCACCCAGGUGUCGGACCAGACGGUCCCCACUUCCACCCUGCACCCCUUCUUCCCCCCCUGUACCAUGAACACCAAUGUCUGCGUGGAGCCCGGGCCGAGCCCGGAGGCCCCGGGCUUGCCCAAGGAAAGCCACCUGCCCGAGGGGGCCCUGAACAGCCUUGUGGAUUACAACUCGGAGAUGGAGCGCUACCGCUCCUUUGCCACCUCCUUCUACAAGACCAACGGGGGCGCCUUCCCGCAGGCGGCCAAGAUCGCGCGCAUCACCACCCCCAUCUUCCCCAGCAGCGCCGCCGCCGCCGCGGCCGCCGCGCGCAUCGGCAUGUCCCCCUGGAACUGCGACAACGCGGCCACCGCCGCCGCCGCCACCGCCAUGCUCUGGGGCAGCGGCGGGGGCGGCGGCGGCGGGGGCGGCGGCGGCGGCGGGGGCGGCGGCGGGGGCGGCGGGGGCAGCAGGAAAUCCUCCUCCGCCGCCGCCUCCUCCUCCGCCUCCUCCUCGGCGAUCCUCCCCGCCGGCGGUGGCGGUGGGGGCGGCGGCGGCGGCGGCGGCGGCGGCGGCAGCAGGACCAGCAUGCACCACCGAAACGACUCCCAGAGGCUGGGGAAAGCUGGCUGCCCGCCAGAGCCGUCGUUGCAAAUGGCAAAUACUAAUUUCCUCUCCACCUUAUCCCCCGAACACUGCAGACCUUUGGCGGGGGAAUGCAUGAACAAGCUCAAAUGCGGCGCUGCUGAAGCAGAGAUAAUGAAUCUCCCCGAGCGCGUGGGGACUUUUUCCGCUAUCCCGGCUUUAGGGGGCAUCUCAUUACCUCCAGGGGUCAUCGUCAUGACAGCCCUUCACUCCCCCGCAGCAGCCUCAGCAGCCGUCACAGACAGUGCGUUUCAAAUUGCCAAUCUGGCAGACUGCCCGCAGAAUCAUUCCUCCUCCUCCUCGUCCUCCUCGGGGGGAGCUGGCGGAGCCAACCCGGCCAAGAAGAAGAGGAAAAGGUGUGGGGUCUGCGUGCCCUGCAAGAGGCUCAUCAACUGUGGCGUCUGCAGCAGUUGCAGGAACCGCAAAACGGGACACCAGAUCUGCAAAUUUAGAAAAUGUGAAGAGCUAAAGAAAAAACCUGGCACUUCGCUAGAGAGAACACCUGUUCCCAGCGCUGAAGCAUUCCGAUGGUUCUUUUAAAGCAGUAGUAUGUCUUAUUUUCAAGGCAUUUGGAAGUGAAAGGCAAACUAAAUGUCUUGUUUUAAGAAACUGCUUAGUCCACCACUGAAGA